CUCUCUCAUCUCUGCAGAUUUCUCAGAGGAGAAUGGGCAUAAGAAAUCAUUCCACAGUGACUGAGUUUGUUCUUUCAGGAUUAACUGAAGAAACAGAGCUUCAGCUGCCCCUUUUCUGGCUCUUCUUAGGGAUUUAUAUUGUUACCAUGAUGGGAAACCUCGGCAUGAUCUCCAUAAUUAGGCUAAAUCCUCACCUUCACACCCCCAUGUACUACCUCCUCAGCAGUCUGUCGUUUUUAGAUUUUUGCUAUUCCUCUGUCAUUACCCCCCAAAUGCUGGCAGGAUUUUUAUGCAGAGAUAAAUCUAUCUCUUAUUCUGGAUGCAUGACUCAGCUGUUUUUUUUCUGUGUUUUUGUCAUUUCUGAGUGCUACAUGUUGGCAGCCAUGGCUUAUGAUCGCUAUGUGGCCAUCUGCAGCCCAUUGCUCUACAAUGUCAUCAUGUCCCCCAGGGUCUGUUCCCUGCUGGUGGCUGCUGUCUUCUCAGUAGGUUUCACCGAUGCUGUGAUUCAUGUAGGUUGUAUAUUAAGGUUGUCUUUCUGUGGAUCGAACAUCAUUAAACAUUACUUCUGUGACAUCGUCCCUCUUAUUAAACUUUCCUGUUCCAGCACUUACAUUGAUGAGCUUUUGAUUUUUGUCAUUGGUGGAUUUAACAUGGUAGCCACCAGCCUAACAGUCAUCAUUUCAUAUGCUUUUAUCCUCACCAGUAUCCUCCGCAUCCACUCUAAAGAGGGCAGGUCCAAAGCCUUUAGCACCUGCCCUGGUCCUGGGUGUGCUCCCCAGUGA